CUUUUGCAGUGUUUAGUCUGCCUGGGAUUUAGCAUGAAAUGCUCACAAAUCGUCCUGCUCCUGCUGGCCCUGUGCAGCUUUGCUUCUGCGGCCUCUUCUUCCAGGUGUGAGGCCCCUGAACAAAGCCGCUGCAACUUCAUAUGUGACUGCUGGGACUGUUCUGAUGAGAGGGACUGUGGUUACCAUCGAGUGUCACCAGCAUGGGGCAUCCCCUUCAGCUGUGACUUUGAGCACGAUGACUGUGGCUGGAAGGACAUCAGUACGUCCAGCUACCAAUGGGUGAGAGACAGAAGAGGUUUCUUCAGGCAUCACGGUGAUCACACGCUGGGACACAGAUGGGGCUGGUUCAUGGCGGCUGAAGGUCACAGCGGGAAAUCUGCAGCAUCGGCUCGCCUCCAGUCCCCCGUCCUGAAAGAGGCAGCUGCCACGUGUGAGAUCCACAUUCACUACCACAUGUGGUCUGCAGAUUCUUCUCAGGUGAAUGGGAGCCUGGCUGUGCAGCUGGUGGACAGCACUCAGACCUACACCUUAUGGGAGAGCUCACGGAGCAGUGUCCUGUUAUGGAGACGAGCAGUUGUUUACACUGGAAGGAUCUCUGGGGACUUUCAGGUUAUUGUCACAGCCUCACGUGACGCUGUCAGUUGGGUAGACAUUGCUGUGGAUGACAUUGAGUUCCGCCAUUGUGCUCUUUCAGAUUUGCAGGAAAAUUGUAUGGUGGGACAAUAUCAGUGUGCUCGAGGCAGCUGUGUGGAGGAUGCCGCUCUCUGCGAUGGAACGGAUGACUGUGGUGACAAUUCGGAUGAAGCAAACUGUGAUACCCACCACUGCAACUUUGAGGUGGACACUUGUGGCUGGGUGUCUGACUGGGAAAAAGUUGAGGGGUUCAGCUCCAGACCAGGUCGAGAUCACACGGCCAACAAUAGAUCAGUGCAGAUUCAGGAAAGAUACCAAGAUACAGACAAUAUCCACUCCGCUGCCUGA